AUGGAGGGAAAUACUGCAAAAGUAAAGCUAUAUUGGAAUGAUAAUGAGUCAAUUGUUGCUGAUGUUCUUUUAAAAGUGAAUACUGGAGAUGACAAGUCUCCCAUUCCUAUCUUGAAUUUAAACAAUAAGAUCUGGAGUCUAUUAAACUGUCUAGAAGUCCAAGAUGAUUCUAAUGAGUUACCUUCAAAGCAUGCAAAUAGUGUUUCAAACCUACAGGUAUCUGCUAGAACCUCAUUAACACCUUCAAAGCAAAGAAUCCCAUUGAAAACCUUGACGGACGAGGAAAAGAAUACAAACUCGAACAUACAUGCUCCUGUUGUAACGACACCUUCGGAAGCACUGCGAGAGCAACCCACUAUUGGAGACGAGAAUGCGUUCAGCUCUCCGACCAAGAGUUAUCAUUUAGGUAAUAAACAAGGGUAUGAAUCUGCAAACGAGAGCUUUGAGACAUUCGAUCUUCAGGGUUGGUUUACGGUUGAAAAUGAUCUUGAUCAGACAUCCCCCACUCAGCAAGAACGUGAAAGCAUUUCCGAAGCUUCUUCUGACUAUGAUGAAAUAUUUGACGACUUGUGCUUAAAAUCGGAAAAUGUAGAGUCUUGUAUUCGUCCUUCGAGGAGAAAUUCAUAUUCAUUGUUGCUUGAUAAUGGGUCUUUUACCACCCUGUCCAUGUCUUCAAACGAUAUAAUCUCCACAUCCUCGUUAAAUGAGGAUAAUAUAGUUAGUCCUCGUGCAUUAAUGUUCGAUUUGACAAAAGAUAUACAAAGCAGUUCUUCCAGCAAUCACUCAGAAUUUCUUCUGGAAGAUAAAGACCAAGUAAGCGUGUCUAACGAAGAAGAGGCUCCUAGUGAAAAUCCCAUUCUUCCGUAUUUAUCGCAAAGCUUCGCGCUAGAAAAUGACUGUUUAUAUUACAUUCCCCAACUUUUACAUCCUUGCUCAGAAAUUAAUUUAGAAUCCUUUGAGAAGUCAAGGUCAACCAAGAAAAUAUGGUUAAUGCUGAAAGCAAAAACUUAUUUUGACGAAAUGGAACAUGAUUAUAGUAUACCUCUGAAUUUUUUGAUUCCAACGUUCCGAGUUGAAUUUAACUUAAAAAUUAGUUCCUCAUUUUACAAAGAUUGGAAUGCGCACGUUUCGUCUGGACAUUUUGAUACACAGCUCGAGCAGGCUUCAAACGUCUCGAAAGAAUCAUCAUUUUAUUCAUCUGCUCCGCUAUCUGCUUCUUCAUUGUUGAAAGUCGUUUGGUACACCAAAGAAUCCCUCAAAAGUGUCAAAGUUUCUGAAACGACCGUCUCUGUGUUUUCUUUUGAAGAAGACGAUUCAUCCUCUAAACAAUUGUAUUACGACGUUCAAUGCUUAUGUGCCUCUAACAUUACAGAAAACAGUAUAUUCAUUUUAAUUGCUCCCGAAUCUUUUGUUAUUAAGAAUGUUUUCAGUGAUAGUUUUCAGAUUGAAUUUGAACAACAAAGGAAUGGUGACGAAAUACGUUUAAUUUUCACAAAAGUUCAUGACCAGGAUAAUAAGGAUCCAAUCAAAACACUAAAUGCGCUUCAAAUUCGAAUGAUGAAUACUGAUACGAAUUAUCGUAUACGUCCAAUUCCGAUCGUGAAGCACAUGAAACAUCCUAUGAGGGUUUCAUUUGAAAAUUUGAUUUCAGACUACCAGGUUUGCCUGUAUGACAUUUAUGGGAAUCUUCAAACAUUGGCGUUGGGGUGCUGCGAAUUCAUUUAUAAUAAAGAAAUGAAGUAUGGAUUUACUUUGACUCAACGCAAACAGUCUUCAGAGGUAGCCAUGCAAAAUCCGUUUAUCCCGACUAGCAUAAAAAGAAGUUGUACGUUCCCUGUCUUCAGAGUGUUUAAUGGUGUCGAUGAUUAUUUACAACUUGUAUUUUCUUGUACUCUAGUCUCAGAUCCUGAAGAGAAAGCUGACAUUUUAAAACUCAAACUACCGGAUCAAUCUCGAUUAACGUGGGUAAUUGAAGGAAAUAAAAACUAUUUGACGAAUAUUCAUUAUUCAGAUGGGAUAUAUGGCAUCACCAAUUACAAGAUGAAACAAUGCCUGUCUAUUCAAAUAGGAAUACUGGUUCCUUUGCAAAAGACGACAGAAGGAACAGUAUUCAGGUUGCCCGUUGUCCUAGAUUAUACACUUAACCAUGUGGUGGUAGACAUGGACGGGGUGGAAUUUAUGAUCUCAGCUAUGGAAGUGAACAAGCGUAUACAAUUAAAGCCAUUGAAACGAUUGGAAUUUAGGAUUUUGAGGAAUGCUUCUGUUUUAUUUACACUGGAAGAAGAGAAAGUAAAAUGUAAAAGAACUGCGCUUUUAUCGCAUGCAGAGGCAGACAACGAUUUAAAACCUGAGCCAUCAAAUUUGUUAAAAGAAACGCUUACUGUGUGUUUUAUAGUGGGGUAUUUAUUAAUGUUUUACCAAGUAUUUAUUAAACAAAUUUAA